UCAAAGUCAAUGUCUUCUUCAAACCGCUACGACUUGUUAAUUUACGGAGCCUCUGGUUUUACAGGCCAAUAUGUGCUCGAAACUUUUGUUAAGAGCGAGGAAUAUGGCAAACUUUCAAUUGCUAUAGCUGGUAGAAGCUCGACUAAAUUGCAAGAUACAUUAGCUAAAGUUGGGAAGUUGACAGAUAAGGAUUUGUCCAAAAUUCCGAUAAUUAUUGCUGACAAUGAACACGAAGACCAACUCGUUCAGAUGGCCAAGCAAGCGAAGGUUAUUGUCAACGUUGUUGGACCGUAUCGUCUUUAUGGUGAAGCUGUUGUAAAGGCUGCUGUGGAGAAUGGUUCCAGCCACGUUGAUAUCUCUGGGGAGCCUGCAUGGAUUGAAUCAAUGCAGAUGAAAUAUUCUGAACAGGCUAAAGAGAAGGGAGUUUUUAUUGUUAGCGCUUGUGGUUGGGAUUCUAUCCCUUGUGAUAUGGGAAUGGAAUUUUUGAAGAAAAACUUUGAUGGGACUUUGACUUAUGCUGAAACUUUUGCAAAGAUUAAUACUGGAGAAUCCGGUUAUUCCUUCAAUGCCGGCACUUACCAAACACUCAUUCUUGGCAUUUGGAAAGCUAAGGACGACGGACUUGGACGUAUUCGUAAAGCUAUAAUGCCUGAAAAGCUGGAAAAGACUCGUUGGCGAGCACCAAAGCGUUCAACUUUUUGGUACAAUGACAAAUUAAAGUGUUAUUGUCUUCCAUUUUUGGGUGCUGAUAAAAGCAUUGUUCAACGUUCACAAUAUUUUGAUGCUCAAAUGGACAAGAAAUUUCCGGCAACGAUAGAGACUUACAUUUGUGUCAAAAGCGGGUUUUGGGCUCUAGCACUAUUGGCGUGGCUAAUGAUCUUUCAAAUUGCGGUCAAGUUUAGUUGGACUCGUAACAUUCUUCAAAAAUAUCCGGACAUUUGUUCUGCUUAUAUGUUUAAGAAUAGUGGACCGGCACGUCAACAAGCGGAAGAGGCAACAUUUGAAUAUUGGUUCUUCGGCACAGGUUGGAAUGAAACAACAAUUCCGCCACCUGUUGAAGAACAACCAAAGAAGAAAGUUGUUGUCCGGUGUGAUGGACCUGAUGCUGGUUAUAUUGCUACUUCUGGUUGUGUUUUGUCGUGUGCAUUAACUAUUCUUUCUGACGCUGAAAAUAUGCCAAAGCCUGGGUAA